AUGACCAUGAUUUCUGAAGAUGGAGAUAUCUCAGCUCUGCUCACUGAACCAAAUCUAGACGAAGAGCAGGCUGUGACUUCCGGAUCCGAUGAUUUCUUGCCUGCUAUUUUGGAAUCAAUUAAGUCAAAUGAAAAGGAAGUCGAACUUUCACCUGAGGAGGCAGCUUGGGCUGAUUCGUGUUUUGUGCAGACUUCUGAACUGUCAGAUGAAGACUGGGGUGCAAUGAAGCAAGCCUUGCUUGACUCCCUUCAAGAGCCAAUGGAAGAUUCCCGUGAUACCACUGAGGUCAUGCUUGACCAAGGCACCCAUGUACUUUCAGAGGCAGAAUCCCACACUCUGCAUGUGGAAAAAGAUACUCAGGAUGAUAAUGUAGACAUGGAGCAACAAGGCAAUAGCGAUGAUGACAAGGAUGCUACUGAGGUUGGGGACGGUACAAAUGUAAUUAGAGGUGCAGAUGAGCAUGGCAGGCAAAUGGACGGAUACACUGCAGAUGAGCUGGUUCCAUCUGAAGUCAUCGAGCAGGCAGAGUCAAGGGAUUCUAUCUUCAAGGUUUGGGAUCUAGACGUGUCGUUCUCCGAGGAUGAGAGCGAGCUCGAACUCAUCAAGGACCUCAAGAAACUCCUCAAGGGCAAGCCUCAGGAUGCCACGUAUCCGCCUCCUGGUGACGCAGCCAAGGCUCUGAGCGAGAUAAACAUUGAUGAACUUGUGGCAAGCUUGAGUAACUUGUCGCUGCAGCGAAACCAGUAG